GUGGCGGGGGGGGGGGGGGCUGGUCUCGCUGCACGUGUGAAGGGCGCCGAGAGAGACGCGUGUCCGUCGGGGGCCCAUGGCCGGCGGAGGGUGGGCCGUUCCCGGCGGGGACCUGCUGGGCCCUCAGCCGCCCCGCCCGGACCCCCAGCAGCCGCCUUCGCCCUCGCCGCCUUCCCCCUCGGAGCUGGAGUGCUGGCGGGAGCAGCAGGAGAGCGAGGCCCACUGGGCGCUCCGCAGGCAGUUCCUGGUCCGCAACCUGGCCGACCAGGCCUCCUUCCCGCGGCUCCUGGCCCUCUCCCACGCCUGGGCCAACCACCUCUUCAUGGGAUGCAGGUAUGGCUCCCAAGUUAUGGAGAAGGUCCUCCAAAUGGCUGAAGGAAUUGAUGUGGGCACGAUGCCAUCGUUUGAAUUGGUGCCAGGCUCCAAGGCAGCAAAAAGGCCACGGUCUGCAUUGGAUGAGUCUCCUUCUAGCAAUCUUGCAGUUCCAAGGAAGCAGGCUCCCAAAUUCCGUGCCAGACCUCGUUUUGAACCCAUACAUUUUGUAGCCAGCAACACACAAGACAAAGGUAAGGAUGAGUCUUCAGAAAACCAAGCACAGGUUGCCAGAGAGAAUAUCACAACCCAGCAAAUCCAGAACUAUGCAGAUCGGGUUUUCAGCAGCUUCAGUACUCAGGAUUGCGAUGGUAAUUUUUCAAGUUCAAUGGGCUUAGGCUUUGGAAACAGCCAGCCGGAAGCCAAGACUGUUUCCAAAAACAAAGACACUUCUGCCGCAAGUGAUGCAGAGGCUUCUGGUGAGACUUCUCUUCUCCAGUCUGACUCUGAAACAUUUCCCAAAUCAGUUAUAACAGCCAAACAGUAUUUCAUUAACAAACUUGUAGCUGCAGUCCGCAAGAAUCUUACUAGUCCUGAUGCCGGUGGAGGGCCAGACAAAAUUAGCUACACUUAUCUUUUGACACGGUCCAUACAGGCUUGCAAGACAAACCCUGAAUAUAUUUAUUCUCCCUUGAAAGAACUUUCCCCUGCUGAUCUUCCCAAGAGCAAAAAGCUGCUUAAAGAUGGCUUUGCUUGUGAGGUGAGGUGUCAGAAUGUGUACCUCACCACAGGGUAUGCUGGCAGCAAAAAUGGGUCAAGGGACCGGGCAACAGAACUGGCAGUGAUACUGCUGCAGAAGCCUGUGGAGGUCAAAGUAGCACAGCGGAAGUUUAAGAACACCACGCGUGAAGACUUAGUGUUGUGUGAGAGCGGCACAGCGCCUUCUGAAUUCCCUCCAGCACUCAAGCAGCUGGAUGACUUUAUUGCUGCCAUCAAAGAAUGCACCCCUGGACAGCCAAACUCUGACCCUCAACAAGGCCCCAGUUCAGGGAAACACUGGACGAACUUCGUCCUCACUGAGAAUGCCUGUGAUGCUAUUGGGAUACUGAACAACUCUGCCUCCUUCAACAAAAUGACGGUUGAUUACAAAUAUGUCCUGAUGCCAAACCGCUUGUGGCGCUGCAGUGUCUAUUUGCAGGAUCAUUUUUUAGCAGAAGGGUAUGGCACCAAGAAAACCAGCAAGCAUGCUGCUGCAGAUGAGGCACUAAAAAUACUCCAGAAAACCCAGUCCAAUGCUGGAGCUAACAAAGCAGUACAGGUUCAGAAAGUUGGUGGUGCUACCCGAGAUCCCUCCAAAAAGAAGGACUUGAAGGACCUUGUUGUAUAUGAAAACUCUGGGAACCCCGUGUGUACACUUAAUGACACGGCUCAGUUCAAUAAGAUGACUGUGGAGUACAUCUUUGAAAGGAUGACUGGGAUGCGGUGGAAGUGCAAGGUGAUGCUUGAGAAUGAACUAAUCGCUGAAGCAGUUGGCAUCAAGAAGAUUGUCAAGCAUGUGGCAGCUGAGGAGGCCGUCAAAGUUUUGAAGAAGACCCAGCCGACUGUUGUCAACAACCUGAAGAAAGGUACUGUUGAAGAUGUCAUUUCGAGGAAUGAGAUCCGCGGGCGCUCGGCAGAAGAAGCCUUGAAACAGCAGAUCAAGGAAGACAACAUUGGGAACCAGAUUUUAAGGAAAAUGGGCUGGACAGGUGGUGGCUUGGGCAAAAGUGGGGAAGGGAUCCGGGAGCCAAUUGCUGUGAAGGAGCAGUUCAAAAGGGAAGGUCUUGGGCUGGAUGUUGAUAGAAGGUCAAAGAUCACGAAGAAAGAUAUUGAGCAGAUCAUCCAGAAUUACGCCUUCUCGGACAGUAAGAUUGACCUGACUUUCUCCACAGAACUCACCAACGAGGAGCGCAAGCAAAUCCAUCAAAUUGCCCAAAAAUAUGGGCUUAAGAGCAAAUCACACGGCCAGGGCCGUGACAGAUUUCUGGUGGUUAGUCGGAAAAGGCGCAGAGAAGACUUGUUAGACCAGCUAAAGCAAGAUGGCCAGGUUGGGCACUUUGAACUCAUUAUGCCUCAGGAAAAAUAAGGCAAAAUUAAUUUGUUGGGGGUGUCCAAAACUGAGUUAGAGUUCCCCAUUAAACAGUACAGUGGCUGCUGUUUGUUUGUUUGUUUGUUUUGGUAGAAUAACUGGGAAUAAAGUUUUACAUGUUCUUUUAAUGUCUAAAACUUUAUUAGAAAAGAACAUGGAACUUUUAAAUCAUAGUUCUGUCUGGAUAACAUGAAUGCAGUUACCUGUUUUAUGAAAUGUCUUCAGAAAAUGGCUCAUUUUCUUCACAUUUUACUAGUUUUGUAAUUUCAGAAACAUGUCUGCCCAGAGGAAAUUGGACACAUUUUAAACAGAGAUGAUUCCCUUGUCUUUUUGUUUUGCCUCUAAAAAUAAAUAAAGCCGGGGGUGGGAAUGAAAGGAGAUGGCAGGAUGAAGAAUGCUAUAUGUACAGAUGGUAUUAAUAAAAAAUAGAUUUUUAUUUCUAAA